UUAAACCUGGGUGUGGGCACAAAUAUAUCAAACCCUCUGUGCUUCACACACACACCGAUGAGAGGAAAGCUCAGCCGUAGAUUAUUCACUUAACUAAAUUAACAACUCUCUCUUCACUAGGAGACAUCAAGGUAAUCACCACAUCUUCCAGAACAUAAGUUCACUGCAAAAAUGAACAGCAAAGCCAGAGAUGCUUUUGCAAACAUCACUCGGAAGCCAGGCCUGCAGAUAUGGACCAUCAAUAAAAUGCGGAUGGCUACAGUUCCAACCAAGGCUUUUGGUAAGUUCUUUGAGGGUGACUGUUACAUCAUUCUGAAUAUAAAAAAGAAUAAAGGUGUGGGAGAAUCGAUCGACAUCCACUAUUGGAUAGGAAAGUCCUCCUCCCUGGAUGAGCAGGGAUCUGCAGCCCUCUAUGUCACCCAGCUGGAUGAGUAUCUGGGUGGGAGUGCAGUGCAGUACAGGGAGGUGCAGGGCUUUGAAUCAGCAAAGUUCAGGAGCUACUUUAAAAAUGGCCUGAUCUACAAGAAGGGUGGAGUGUCCUCAGGUUUCAACCAUGUAGAGACGAACAUCUACAACAUAAAGAGGCUGCUGCACGUCAAGGGGAGGAAGCACGUCUCAGCAACAGAGGUUGAGCUGUCCUGGAAAAGCUUUAACAAUGGAGAUGUGUUUAUUCUGGAUCUUGGGAAAAACAUUGUGCAAUGGAAUGGCCCUGAGUGCAACAGGAGAGAAAAGUUGAAGGCGGUCCAGCUGGCUCAAGACAUCCGAGAUAGAGAGCGUGGAGGUCGUGCAGAUAUUGUCAUUGUGGAGGGAGCACGUGAGAAGGAAACACCUGAAGCAGUUCAAAUGAUGGCUGAUGUGCUCGGCCAAAAACCCGCCCAGCUGAGGAAGGCUAUUCCUGACAACAAAGAUGAACAAGAACAGAACAAUAACGUCAGGCUCUACCAUGUUUGUGACAACAGUGGAGAUGUUGUGAUCCAAGAAGUGGCUUUGCAGCCUCUGACACAAGAUCUGCUGCGUUCCUCUGAUUGUUAUAUUUUGGACAACAGAGGCUCCAAUGUGAUGGUCUGGAAGGGGAAAAAGGCCUCAAAGGAAGAGCGUCGAGAGGCAAUGAAGAGAGCACUGGAAUACAUUAAAACAAAAAACUACCCAUCAAGCACCACUGUGGAGGUGAUGAGUGAGGGAGGAGAGUCAGCAAUGUUUAAGCACCUUUUCAAAAACUGGAAGGAAAAAGGGCAAAUCACUGGUCUGGGUAAAACCUACAGCGUUGGAAAGAUAGCCAAGGUUGAGCAAGUGAAGUUUAAUGUGAUGGAACUCCAUGCUUACCCUGACAUGGCAGCAAAGCAGCACUUGGUUGAUGACGGUUCAGGAGAAGUAAAGGUUUGGCGCAUUGAGAGUUUGGAGCUGGCUGAGGUGCCGCCAAAUAUGCAUGGGCAGUUUUAUGGAGGAGACUGCUACUUGGUGCUGUACACAUACCGCAUGUCAAACAGGGACCAGUACAUACUCUACAUGUGGCAGGGACGUCAUGCCACCAGAGAUGAAAUUACAGCUUGUGCCUACCAGGCUGUCACUGUUGACAAUAUGUACAACGGAGCACCUGUCCAGGUCCGAGUGGUGAUGGGAAAGGAGCCUCGCCACUUCCUGGCAAUUUUCAAAGGAAAACUAAUCAUUUUUGAGGGAGGAACAGGCCGAGCGGGUGCAGUGAUCCCCAAAACCACCUCCAACCUCUUCCAGGUGAGAGGAACCUCUGAGCUGAACACAAAGGCCAUCGAAGUCCCAGCAAGGGCCUCAUGCCUAAACAGCAACGACGUGUUUUUGCUGAAGACCAGCCAGAAAUGCUACCUGUGGUACGGAAAGGGUUGCAGCGGGGAUGAGAGGAUGAUGGCGACUGAAAUGUCCGACCGCCUGUUUAGGCAAUACAAAGAGGUGGUGAUGGAAGGCCAGGAGCCAAAUGAGUUCUGGGCCGCUUUGGGAGGAAAGGCACCCUACGCCAGCGACAAGAGACUGGAGAGAGAGGAUCCGAUUCACGCACCCCGUCUUUUUGAGUGCUCAAAUCAAACUGGUCGCUUCAGGUUAACCGAGGUUUAUGACUUUGAGCAGAGCGACCUGGACGAAGAGGACGUGAUGCUGCUGGACACCUGGGAGGAGAUUUUCUUGUGGGUUGGACAGUUUGCCAAUGAAACUGAGACCAAAGAGGCUUGGAACAGCGCACACGAGUACCUGAAGACCCACCCAGCUGGUCGUGACCCAGACACCCCCAUCAUGUUUGUGAAACAGGGAUAUGAGCCACUCACCUUUACUGGCUGGUUUAGCGCAUGGGAUCCUUUCAAGUGGAAUGAGAUAAGUGCUGGCAACUUGAUGAAAGGUCUGGAUGUGACAGACAAUGGGGGCUACAGUGCUCCUGGAGGGCCUACAAGUCCAUUUCCAAUGUACAGGACCCAUGGUGGGGUUGUGUCGCCCACAUCGCCCAAGUCCCCCUUUCCCACCAGCCAUUUAAAAGUCUCCUACUCCUCAGCUGGUGGCAGUGGCAUAAUUGUGGACCCUAAGCACCUCAUCAACGUACCUGUCGAUAAUCUUCCUGAGGGAGUGGACCCCAGCCACCGAGAGAACUACAUCUCUGAGAUGGACUUUGAGAGCCUGCUGGGUGUAAGUCGGUCUGAGUUUGCAGCCAUGUCAGAAUGGCGUAAGGUGGAUCUGAAGAAAAAAGCAGGCCUCUUCUAGGAAGCAUUUAACCGCUGGGUUUCACAGAAGCGGUGCCAAACCUGUCCGACCGAGAAACUGAGAAAUCAAAGCAAAACACAUUAUGUCUCUAUUGACAGAAGCAGAGGGAGUUGUUCUGAAUAACUUAUUCACUUAAAUGUUUUUAAGCAUUACGCAAGUUCAGUAGAUUAGAAAAGAAAUUUGACUUUUAAUAAGCAGAUUGCCUUGUUUUUAAUGAUAGAUGUAGUCUGAAUGAAUGUAUUGAAAAAUGUUUAUAAGCUGAUCACCUAAUAAAGUUGUCUGUGUUGUUGCAAUGAAUCAGAAGCUAUAACAAAUAAAAAGAGAAAACCACCUGUGAGA